AUGAGUGAAGCUGCUUCUUCCGGACCUUCCUUUAAGCUCGUUCUCGUCGGUGACGGUGGCACUGGUAAGACUACCUUUGUCAAGCGCCACUUGACUGGUGAAUUUGAAAAGAAGUACAUUGCCACCCAGGGUGUCGAGGUUCACCCUCUUGACUUCCAUACCAACUAUGGCAAGAUCACCUUUGAUGUGUGGGACACUGCUGGCCAAGAGAAGUUUGGCGGUCUUCGUGACGGUUACUACAUCAACGGUCAGUGCGGUAUCAUUAUGUUUGAUGUCACUUCACGCAUUACUUACAAGAGUGUGCCCAACUGGCACCGUGAUCUUGUUCGCGUUUGCGAGAACAUCCCCGUUGUUUUGUGCGGCAACAAGGUUGACGUUAAGGAGCGCAAGGUCAAGGCCAAGGCUAUUACAUUCCACAGAAAGAAGAAUCUCCAGUACUAUGACAUUUCUGCUAAGUCUAACUACAACUUUGAGAAGCCUUUCCUUUGGCUCGCUAGAAAGCUUGCCGGCAAUGCCUCACUUGAGUUUGUGGCCUCUCCUGCCCUUGCUCCUCCUGAGGUUACUGUCGACAAUGAGCUUAUGGCCAAGUACCAGCAGGAGAUGGAGCAGGCUACUGCUUUGCCUCUUCCCGAUGAGGACGAUGCCGACUUGUAA